AUGGGACUCGGUCGAUGGCUGGAGACGCGGCCCGAAGUUGUGUCCACAAUCAACUCUCGCGCCGCGUUGCUGGAAGCUCAUUGGCUCAUAGAUCACGGCCUCUCACCCUACUCUGGCCCUCACUUCCAAGCUUCUCCCGUCCUGCUGCUCCUGCCCCCCUUCCUCCUCUCCCCAAUCAACUUCAUGCUCCUUUUAACUAUAUCAGACAUCAUCACAGCUGCCCUCCUCCUCCUCUCCGGAUCCCUCCUCCACCCCUCCUCUCCCUCCACCUCUUCUCCCUCCACUACCUCUCCCCCAUGCCACUCUCCGCCUGCUGCCACUUCUCUCCCACGGCCCUUGGGGCUUGGAGCUUGGAGCGCCCUGUUGCUGCUCUGGAGCCCACUCUCUGCUGCCGCUGCCAUUGCUGGUGCUGCCUCCUCGCUUCUCUCGCUGCCGAUUGCGCUCGCACUCGCUUCUGCUGCUGCGGGCAACCCGCCUCUGGCAGCCAUGGGUAUGGCUCUAUGCAUGCUCCUGUCGCCUUCGUCCACUGUGCUGCUAGUGCCGGUCCUACUGCUUCUGCUCAACAGACCCUCGUCCCAAUCAGCUGCCACUAUCCCCGUGCCAGCUUCUGCUAAGCACACAGCACCAGCAGUAACACCAUCGCCAGCAACAGAAACAGCAGAAGCAGCACCAGCAGCAGCAGCAGCAGCUGGAGCAACAACAGCAACAGCCACUACCCAUUCGCCUCCUCGCCCCUCUCCCCUGCGUCUCCACCUCCUCCUCCCCUUCCUCCUGCUCCUCGCGCUCUGGCUACUCACAAUCCUUGCCGCCUGUCACCUGCUGCUGCUCCCCUAUGGGGGUCUGCUUCCUGCUUUCUCACAUGUCUAUCCCUUCGCUCUGCAGCUCUCAGACCUCACACCCAAUCUCGGCCUGCGCUGGUAUUUCUUCGCAGAGGCAUUUGCCUACAUCCGCCCCUUCUACUCCUUUGUCUUCUCUGCCAUGCUCCUCCUCGUGCUGCCUCCCCUCACCCUGCGCCUGCACCGCCGCCCAUUCUUCCUCGCCUUUGCACUGCUCCUGUCCGCCCACAUCGUCGCUCCUUACCCCACUGUAGGGGAGUCGGGGUUUAUCCUUGCCUUGCUGCCCCUGUUCCUCCCUCAGCUAUCAGCGAUGCGCUUUGUGUUUGUCAUCCUCUUGGGCUAUCUCCUCGUGCACACCAUGGGCCCCACCAUGUGGGAUCUGUGGAUUCUCAAGAGCAUUGGGAACGCCAACUUCUUUUUUGCUGUGGUCCUCAUUUUUGCUGCUAUUCAAGGACUGCUUCUGGUGGAAUCAGUGCAUACAGUGCUAAUGCAUGAUCGUACGCUCAAGAAGCUUGACAUGGCAUCACAGAUGCUCAGUGUAUCAUGA